CAAUUUGCGAAUAAAAGCCCCAAAAACUCUCCGUAAGUGGGGGUUCUCCGUUACACAGGAGUUUAGCAUUCGCCGGGAAGUUUUUGUUACCCUUUUGUCGCCGUGAACGGUUCAAGCUUCGCGACCAUGGAUCAGAUGCUGCCGAGUCCGGGGUUUUCCAUCCCCAGCAUCGGGACGCCGCUGCACCAGCCGGAAGAGGACCAACAGAUCUUACCGCACGCUUACCAGCAGCAACAGUCGAUGCCACACAUGACCCCGAUGGGAGGGCUCAGCUCUAGCAACUACGUCAUGCCGGCGAUCGGUUCGGCGUCUUCCUCGGGCAAAAGCAUGCACACGUACGCUCCGAGCUUUUCCACCCCGCAGAACAUGAUCCAGCCACAGACUCCGCAAAGUCUCAUGUCGCCGAUGGUGCCGAUGACGGAAUCGAAAGCGGCGGCCACCCCGAGACCCGAUAACGCGAGCGCCGCCGGUAGCGUACGGGACCCGGAAAACAUUGGCAGCGUGAACAUCCACCAAACGAUGGGCCCGGCCACACCGAUGACGCCCAUGACACCGAGCGAAUCGGCCAUCCUGCCGCAAUUGCAGAACAUCGUGUCGACGGUGAAUCUAAGCUGCAAGCUGGACCUGAAAAAGAUCGCCCUGCACGCCCGUAACGCCGAGUACAACCCGAAGCGAUUCGCUGCGGUCAUUAUGCGCAUCCGGGAACCGCGCACGACGGCCCUAAUUUUCUCCUCCGGCAAAAUGGUGUGCACGGGGGCGAAGAGCGAGGAAGACUCGCGGCUGGCGGCUCGCAAGUACGCUCGGAUCAUACAGAAGCUGGGUUUCACGGCCAAGUUUCUGGACUUCAAAGUACAAAACAUGGUCGGUAGCUGCGAUGUGCGGUUCCCGAUCCGACUGGAGGGGUUGGUGCUGACGCACGGGCGGUUCAGCUCCUACGAACCGGAGCUGUUUCCUGGUCUCAUCUACCGUAUGGUGAAACCCCGUAUCGUGCUGCUGAUUUUCGUGUCCGGCAAGGUUGUGCUCACGGGUGCCAAGGUGCGGCAGGAAAUCUACGAUGCGUUCGAAAACAUCUACCCGAUUCUGAAAAGCUUCAAGAAACAGUAGUAGACGUCGUGGUGUGAAACGACGAAUGACGUACGGUUUUAAUCUUGUUUAGAGUAAGCAAAACAUAGGACGCGGCUGAAUAGGGUCGUCGAAAGGCAACGGUCGACAGAAGAGC